AAGUCUAACCUAUGUCUGUCGUCUUGAUAUCAAACUGAAACUGAUCCGAUCUGAACAACAGAACUAGACCUGCUGAAAACGACUGUCAGAUGGCCAUUGUGCCCUAUUUAAAACUUCGGGACUUGUCUUUUUAAAACUGCUGUUAACAUGAAUCGUCUUCAAGAUGAGGUGGAGCUGGAAAUCAGUGUCAGAAGACUCAGAGAAAAAUUUCAUGGAAAGAUUUCAAUUGACAAGGCAGCUCUGCUUAUGAGCCGAUAUGGCAAUAACCAUCGACGGAUAGCCAUGGAGAUCGUACUGAUGAAAGACAGAGAGCUUGACGAUGAAGACAGACAUGAUUUAAAGAAUGAUCUCGUUGUUAAGCAUGUGGUGGAGAAACUGAAGGCUGAAGAGGAGAACCAAGCCGGGCCUCAGGCCCAUUCCUCUGCCAGCCAGGCAGCCCCAAAAGAAGACAGAUCUCGCAAGUCUGGUAAUAAGUCCAAAGCAAACAAACAGCCAAACGAGGACAAGGACAUCCAGGAACUGGGCGAGCGUCUCCGUGUGCUGCCCCUGACACAGGCGAAUGUGCGCAUGUUUGACAACGCACAGCGUGACCUCAUCCCAUGUGUCUUGCACCAGUUUGCCUGCGAGCGCUGUGACAACGACUGGUGGCGGCGCGUCGCACAGAGGAAAGCAGUGUCCCGCUGUCGGAAGUGCAAGAGGAAGUAUGACCCUGUACCUGAGGGCAAGAUGUGGGGCAUUGGAGAGUUCCACUGCCCCAACUGUGCUCGCACUUUCAGGGGAUUUGGAAGGAUGGAUUUGGGCUCGCCUUGCUACGGCUGUCGCUCCGUCAUUACCCCAACCAAAAUUUUACCGCCUCGCCGCAAUGUGAUGGGCGAUGGACCGAGAACAAAGAACCCACACAGCUGCCUUGCUGAAGACUGCUACAACAGACAAGAACCCCACGUUCCGGGGACCGAGUGCGUCCACCCCCGCAGUCGCCAGCGGAACAACAAGCCCCGCGUGAUCAACCCCAGCGACACGCACAUCAGCUCCGGCUCCACCGUCAACACCUGCCUGAGCCAGGGCAGCAUCCUGGACCUGUACGACCUGGUCCGCGACGACCUGGAGGACGUCAUCUACGAGGACAGCGAGGAGGACGAGGAGGACGACGAAGAGGAGGAGGGGAGAGAGUCCGACAGUAGCACAGGCAACAUCAGAUAGAGACGAUGAGGCUCCCGUAUGCUGCAGCUAAAAUAGUCAUCUCGCUGUCUGUGGCUUGAAAGUCACACAUGGUACGUCUUAAACAGAUUAUUAUGCAUUUCUUCACACAGCUUUAGGUAAUCAGGGAAUGGUGUAAAAAAUCCUCUCAAAACAUUAAAUGACAGGUUUCUGUGCUCCCACCAAAUAUCACACUAUGCCUUCUGUAUAUUUUUCUAUGCAAGAAUUAAGCAGUGACCAUUUAAUCUGUCAUACAGUUAGUUCAUGGCUUUCAGGACAUUGUCAUACCCCAGGUUCUUUUGUUUACACUUGCUAUAUUUCAAUACAAAUGUGUGUAUUUUUUUAAUCAGUGUGUCCAUGUUUAUAUGAAUUUGUCUAAAAGAAAAAAUGGUCUAAGAAAUGUAAUGUGUAUAUUAUUAUGAUAAUGGGAGACACUGCCCAGCCCUCUGAAAGGUGAUACCACAGAGCCAGUCUGCUAUUCUUUGUCCAGGAACACAAAGGAACCUAAAUCCAAUAUGACUAUUACACUUGCACAAAGCAGUGGGUGAACUCAAUGUAAUGCAUGUUCUAUGAAAGUUGGCCUUAGACAGAGAUGUGCUUUCUUAAUGACUGUUUUUGUAAUUCCCUUAAUGCACCCCGGUGUUAAUCUCAUAAGAUUGAGCGCCACGCCUUCAUUAUGGGACACCUCUGUUUGUCCGACACCUAAUGAUUACAUAAGAUAGGGUCUGUGGGGUGACCGGCGAGACAAUGCGUGCAAUUAUGUAAUAGCUGCUAAAUGAAAUGACAUGUGCCUUAUUUGUUGUUAGGGAUAUAUAUCCCUAUUAAAAGAUUCUCAAGCAAA